CCCGAGGAAUUUUCGUAUUUUGGCUUUUACAUUGUCUUUUUUAGUCGUAUAUUACGACACAAUGAUGAACCAAAAUAUUCAUUUCUGUUCUGCUUUCGCUGAAGAAGAAUCGACAACUUGCAAAUGAAAGCUACAACGUUGUUCAGUCGUGCUUUGUUGUCGGCAAAUACAAAACCAAUAUGCGGAGUUACUGCAAAGCCUUUACUUGGAACAAUCUCUCGAAAGUAUUGCGAAAGAAAGGAGCUACCAGAAAUACGGAAAAGCUAUAACGAUCUCAAAAACUUUGUACGAGAACGCUUUAAACCUAAUUUUCUCAUACAACAAGAGCACGUAUUCCCAGUCAACCAAACAGACCUGUCGCAGAUUGACAUCUACGGAUUCGACUAUGACUACACGUUGGCAGAAUACUCCGACGACAUGCAAAUAUUCAUAUACCAAACGGCAAGUAACAUACUUUGCAAAAAAUACAAAUUUCCGGCAGAUAUCAUGAAAGAAAAGUACAAUCCAGAUUUCUGCGUUCGAGGUCUUCAUUACGAUAUCAAACGUGGACUGAUGAUGAAAAUUGAUGAACGACAUAUCGUGCAGUUGGACACCGUCUUCCACGGCCGCAGGAAGUUAAAUUCUGAAGAAGCGCUUCGGCAGUUGGAAACCGUUCACAUCCCAAAGGAGGUUAUGGAUAGAUCAUGUUUUCGAGGAAGCGAAGUUCUGCAGCAAUUGACAGAUAUAUUCUCUUUGCCAGAAAUGUGUCUUCUGGCCAACGUUGUUGAAUAUUUCACAUCAAGGUCAAUAAAAUUUGAUCCGACUAAAGUAUUUCAAAUGGUCGAACGUUCAGUGCGUGAAGUUCACACCGACGGGUACUUGUUCAGGGAAGUAACAGCCAAUGUGGAAAGAUACUUACGGAAAUGUUGCCUGGUGCCUUUGAUCACAAAAUUAGAGGAAGACAAAAAAAAGCUUUUUCUAUUAACAAACAGUCCAUACCCAUGCGUCAGUGUCGGUAUGCGCCACAUGUUGGGUGAGUUCUGGAGGGAAGCAUUCGAGGUAAUUAUCGUAGAAGCGAACAAGCCGAAUUUUUUUGAUCAAAGACCCCAGCCAUUCAAGACCCUACAGUUUCAAGAUUGUCGCUACAAGUCUGUUUCUUGGGACACUAUCAAUGAAUUGAAAAAAGGAGAAAUCUACUGCGAAGGAUCCAGUGGUGAAUUGAUGAAACUCAUGGGGUGGGAUAAUCGACAGGUUAUGUACUUCGGCGACCAAAUUUACGCUGAUUUGGAGACACCCAAUCUUUCAAGUGGAUGGUCAACAUGUGCUGUUAUUCACGAACUUAAGCAUGAAAUAGACAUAAUGAACUCACCUGGCUUCUACAGAAGCGUUGUAUGGGUACAGACACUCGAAAGACUCAUCGACAGAGCGCAGGUUCACCAAGACGCAGAAUCCCGGCAGCUUGUUCGUGACUGGCUUAUCGAACGUAAAAAUGUGAAAGCCGAUUUGAAAAAUGUUUUCAACAAAAAUUUCGGAUCAGUUUUUCGCACAUCUCUUCAAGGAAGUUAUUUUUCGUCAAGAUUAUGCCGGGUUGCUGAUAUAUAUACUUCGUCGGUAAUGAAUUUGUGCAAGUAUGGACCGGAUAAAAUUUUCUUCCCUCCAAGGGGCAGUCUUCCACAUGAACAACUUGUCAGUGUUGGCUAUCGCCAUGAUGGCUUCGAUGCGGCAUUAGAAACUGCUUUAAAAACAUUGGAUUUUCUAAAGCACAGGAUGACCGAAACACCGACCGAAAUUGACACAUGGCAAUACAAUGUAUGCAGUGGCGUUUAGCUUCACAACAUUCUCAGCUGUAAUAUAAAUAUACUGUAUAUAAAAGUUGAUUUAUUCCCCUCCUAUUUUACCAUCCCUUUGCCUAUUUUGCAGUGCGAAUAUUUGAAGAAUAUUUGAUUUGAUCAUUUUUGAAGAAAUCUUUUCACAGUCAAUUUAACCCACAAUGGCAAACGUUUUCACAUUUCGUACCAAAUGGUUUGAAUUUUGCACACUUAAUCCUAAGUUUCCAGUAUUAUUUUAUCUUUGACCUUAUUAUUUUUUAGUUACUGUGGAUAUAACAAUGGUUUUGUAGUCUGCCGUUUAAAUACACAUUAAAUACUCGAAGCUUUAUGCUGCGCCCCAACCUAAUGGCCGCGGUGAGGUAAUUUGAAGAUUGGCGUUUAAGCUGGUUUGCUUAGUCUCAAACAAAUUCUUGAUGAUAAGCGAAUAGAAUGUCACUAUGACUUAUGUUUUUUUCCCGAAAUUGCGUUUUAUAUGAAAAAAAGUUAUAUAAUUUUCCCAUAAUCGUGCUUCUCGUUUACAACAAACUAGAAUCACUAUAUGAGUUAUCUUGGGGAUAUAUAUUUGUAAUCCAUUUGACGUUAUCACUAAUUGUUGAUGGCUCCAUCAGAAUCUAUCUGCCUUCAUCCCAUGUUUUUGCACACGCAUAGCUAUUCCAAGGCCCGGGAAUUCCGCCAGGAGCCGUAUGGUUUGGUUAUGUACUAUUACUGCCGUACUCAAUGAAAUCUUGCAAAAUGGAUUCAUGCAUCGCACUGCCCUCUUAAAGAAUUUUAAAUACAUCACCUUUGUUGUCCAGUGUUUAAACGUCCCACGGAAGAAUUGAACAUUUUUCACGAUUUCAUCUUUUUUUUUUAUUGCAAAAACAAACUAGAAUAACUCUUAUAUAUAUGGCGAUCGAAAACAGCAUAAAGUAAAACAAAAAAUUUAAUUGUACAUACUGAUCGUUUAUUGGCAACUCUAAUUGUAACAAUAAAACAAACUUGUUAAAAUACCAUUUCCUGAAAGACAAUUUUCUAAAGUGCGCUACGCUUCAAGGACAUUGUGGAAUAAAAUUUAUGUACUGCCCGCGAGCUGCAUGUCGAAGCGAUUGAUGAUUUCCCUAGCUGCGACUUUCUUGUUUAUAUUGUCCGCAAUGCAUAUUCAGCGUCUGUGAACAGUGGUACAACAAUUGAAGACUUAUUAGUUUGAGUUUUGAGCGUUACUCGUUGAAUAGGUUUACGAAAUUUAAGAAUAAAUCUCUGCCAUUAUUCUGGGUACUCCCGAAGUAUGUGAACCAAGUAGGCGGACACCGGAACGUAGUAUGUGUACCAGGUUAGGUUUAGGCCAUAAUUUCAUUCCAAUUUUC